ACAAUAACGUUAGUAGGGGUGAUGUACGUGUUCUACCUUUAAAAAGGCGCACAUGCUCACGUUAUUAUCAUGCCGAGGUUUAGACAUUGGGGUGUUCUUUUAUUCUUCUUUGUUUUCAUGGUAUUUCUUUUGAUGAUAUCUAUCUGGACUAACUUGUCAGCAUGGGACAUACCAAAAUCGAUUUAUCUGCGUAUAACAUCAACCCAUCCGAAUAAUAUAAGUCUGCAAAAUUUUCUUUCGUGGAUAUUUUCUAGAAUUAGCGGCGAUUGGAUUUACGGAAAAAUAUCGUCAUCAAACCUAACGAUUGUGACAGCUUAUUGGAACAUCGGAACCUUUAAAAAAGGGUCAAGUGCUCUAUUCACCAAAAAUACAUAUUUCUCCUGGAUGAAAAGUUUCCAGUAUUUAAUGAAUCCCCUUGUAGUUUACACAGACAGUAAAGAAUUCGUAGAUUUGAUGAAGAAACUGAGAUCUGAAGGAAAAUUGAAUUACCAAACAGAAAUUUUCUAUGAGGAAAGGAAGUCGAUUUGGUCCUUCGGGCUGGUGGACAGGAUACAGAGAGUAUAUAAACAGCCUGGAUAUCCAGCAUACCAUCCCAACACUGUCAAUGCAUUGUAUGCUGCAGCACAGCAUACAAAAUUUACAGUCGUAGCGGAUGCAGCGCGGAAGAAUAUAUACAACACACCGUACUACGCGUGGUUGGACGUGGGAUAUUUUAGAGAUUUAGUCGGAAGCGAACAAUUUUUCGAAUUAAAAAUUCCGAAUGAUCAAGAUCCAGGACGGAUAUCAGUUAAUCUAAUGUUUCGUCGACAUAUGGAAAUUAAUCCAUAUGAGAUAUUUCGACAUAACAAGGUGUGGGUAGGCGGUGGGAUGUUUAUAGGUACAAAAAAUAUUUUCAUCAAAUUCGAAGAAUUGUAUCGUAAAGCAUUGUUAUAUUUCCUAGAUCAGCACCUGAUGAAUUCUGAUCAGCAGGUGCUUUUUGCAAUGUAUUCAAAUCGGGGUCGAAAAGCACUUAAACCACAGACUGAACUUCAGUUAUAUACCCCGAAAGGAAACGGAAAUCCAUGGUUUUACCUGGGGUAUCUGUGCCGGGAAAUUGUUAACAGAACAAACGUGAUCGAAUUUAUAUGAGCAGGAAAAAGUGAGGGUAUAUUACGAAAUACUUCAUAUCGCAUGUAUUAAUCAUACGUAUGAUAAAUAAAAAUAUGUUUCAGAUUUUUGUCUUGAAAA